AUGGGCUACGACACAACAAAUGCCAAAUACUGCUGCGGAGCCGUGGUGGACGAUAAUGGAUCACUAGGGUGCCAAGUCGGUGAUGCCUUUACGAUCGAAAAGGGGGCAGUGAUACCAGGAGUAGCGGCCCUGGCCGGUUACUCGAAUUCUUCAUCAAAUACCACCUGUACUAUAGGGGAUAGUUCAUCACCCUCGUCCCACGACGUGGCUAUCGGAGCAGGUGUUGGUGUGCCUUUGGGGGUCAUUGCUUUGGCAGCAAUCGCCUGGGCACUGUGGGAGCGUCGGCAAUGUAAAUAUGCUCGCCUGGAGAGUGUGCCGGCCACCGGAGCUCAGGCGAUAGGCCAAUAUCCCUCGCACGGUGUAUAUCAACCACAUCCGGCGGAGCUCGCGACUAGGCAAACCGGGCUGGUAUCAGAGUUGGACAGCAACGGGGGCGCAAAAUAG